AUGAUUACUAAUUUAUUUAUAUUAAAUAUUUCUCAUUUCAUAUAUUCGAAAAUUAUGAACUUCAUAAGAGGACCAAAACCUAGCUUUAGCAUGCCUUAAUUAUUAUAAAGUAAUAAGGAAGAAAAAGCAUAUUCAUAUGUUGAAAUAGAAAGUACGGAUUGCUUUAAAAAUGAAAAAAUUAUAAAAAAUGUCAGAUUUGCUCCCACUAUCACUAUCUUUUUAAGAUAUUAAGAUGAAGACAUAUUUAAAUUCAAAGAUAGAUUAAGAAAAUAGAUUUAAUAGACUAAGGAGAUCUUUGACUUUUAUCCAUCUUUAGAUUAACCAAAAAAGAAAGGAUAACUUAAAUCUUGUUUAAAACCCUACACUGACUGGGAUUAUUGA